AUUAUCGAAAAAUAAGUUUGUACUCUUUGAGCUGUGCAACCCUAGUCAACAAUAAAAAGUCUGAAGCUGGAAUUCCUGUAAUUGCCCAACCCACACAAGGGCCAUAACUCAACAGAAUCACAAUGCUAUUAAUUACAUUACCAUUACUCACCUUCAGACGAUACUUCAAUUUGCGUACACACACUAACAACAAAUACAUACACACAAUGACUGCGCCGCGUCGACUUCGCAAGGAACUUAGCGAUUUGCAGGAGAGCAGCAUUAAAUCCUUCCGCGAUAUCAAAGCGGACGAUGAUAACCUACUGCGCUGGACAGGUCUCAUUGUUCCCGACAACCCACCCUAUAAUAAGGGAGCCUUUCGCAUUGAAAUCAAUUUCCCGGCUGAAUAUCCAUUUAAGCCACCGAAAAUUAGCUUUAAAACAAAAAUUUAUCAUCCAAACAUUGACCAGAGAGGUGAGGUUUGCUUGCCAAUAAUCAGCACUGAAAACUGGAAGCCGGCGACACGCACAGAGCAGGUGGUUCAGGCGCUGAUAGGACUUAUUAACGAGCCCGAACCCGAGCACCCAUUGCGCGCCGAACUUGCCGAAGAGUUUCUUAAGGACAAGAAGAAGUUCAUCAAGAACGCUGAGGACUACACCAGGAAACAUAGCGAAAAGCGUCCUGCCGAUUAGUCUAGUGGCGAUGGCGAAGCGCCAAGCCACAGUAAACGCAGCCGGAUGACGACAAAACCAAAUUGAACUUAAAAUUAACUAUAGAUGAUUGGCGAGACCGGUAAGAAAAAACUUCGAAUACAGCCAGGCACGAAAUAACAUUUUUGCAUAGAUGAAAAUUAUAUCAAAUGUUCCAACGAUUUAAAUUGUAGUAGUCGCUUUUUCGCAUUCAUGUUUUACCUAGAAUAAUAAACAAAAAUGCGGAUCUUUCGUAGAGAGGAAUAACAAGAUGGAACACAAAGGCAGGCAAAAUAGUUUUUAAAAUUUAGAAGUGUAAUUUUAUGCGAAAAUACAUGUUCGUUAUGUUAAAACA